UGUAAGAUGGUGCAAAGGGGGAUAGAUAGAGAAGAAAUCUGAGAUCAAUGUUCAGAACUAGAGUGAUUUGAUAAGCUGUAGCCUAGAGUAUGACACUCAUUACUUCAGUUUGUAACCCAUGGGCUUAUCUGCUCCAGCCUGCAAGUGGCUGAGAGUACGUUGGUUUAACAUUAUAGAGACGGAUCAAAAACUAGGUUAAAGGUUGAAAUCAAUCAUUAUGGUUGAAAAAAAUCGAACGUUAGCAUUAUUUCUCUAUAAAAAACGAAUUUGAGUUUGAAUACAAUGAAUAACAGGAAUGGCGGGUGUAAUCCCAAAUUCCUGUAAAUGCGACCAAUGCCUUCUCCCUUAUUCCGCUAAAUCCUUUAAUUUCGGUUUCCAAAUUAGUGUCAGGGAGACGAUAUAUAAGGAGGACGUAUAAAUACAGUGUCUGAGGCUACUUCAUAGCCUGGAAGUACCGGGAGACGCGCAGUCAGAUGGCAGCUCUCAGGGUCGUGCGGUGUACUGAGGCACGAGAGUUGCGCCGCCAUUCCAACCUGGGCUCCCGUCUCGUCCUUCCCGCGCUGCUCGCCACAUUGGUGUCAGAAGUGGGAUGUGGCCUUCGCAUGAGCGUGGGGAUUUGAGUUUCGCGGUCGAGCCCAUGGAUAACGCACCCUGCGCUAUGGGAGCGCAGCGCCCCCCUGUGGACACGACCGGAAGGCCCGGAGGACCGGCAGCUGCCCACCGACCCAGGACAGCGGUUAGGGUGCCGAAGUUCACCGGGGUAACGCAGUUGGAACCAUACCUCGCCCAGUUCCGGCUUGCAGCGUGGCACAACGACUGGGGUGCCGAGGAGGCGGUUGUCCACCUUGCCCUGGCGUUGGAGGGGACGGCAGCACGGGUGCUGCUCGACCUGGACCAAGCGGACCAGCGAGACCUUCAGGCCCUGAUCCAAGCAUUGGAGAGGCGGUUGGGUGAACGGGUCUCCAGCAACGAGAGCAAGCAGUUGCUGGCUUCUCACCGCCGCAGGGAGGAGGAGAGCCUGGGCGUCUACGCUGCUGACGUCCAGCUCUUGACCCGACGCAGCUACCCGAAAUUCUCCGCGGCUGCACGGGACGCCCUGGUGCUCCACGCCUUCCUGCGGGGACUGGUGCCGGAGUGUCUGGGACAGCACGUCCGCCUCACCGAGCCCCAGACCCUCGAUGCAGCUCUGGACCAGGCAGAACGGGCUGAGGUGGAGCUGUGCUCCGGUCGCUGUGCUGCAUCCGUGGACGCGGCUGGGGACGCCCUCCCCCUCGGCACAAAGGACGUGGGGGUCCAGUCCAGGCAGUUGAAGGACCGGGUCCGGACGGCCACCAUUCCCGCCACCGAGACGGCUGAGGCUGCCCAUGCGCUGUGGCUGCACGACAGGGCUGACCUCGAGCCGCAGCAGUGUCGGCAGCUGGGGCUGGUCGAGGACUGCGGGUGGACGGGGCAGUGUGCCACCCACCCACGUCCCAGCCGCCGGUGUGGCCGUCGAAAGGGCCAGACGUCGGAGGACGGCGGAGGACGGGGUCCCCGAACGGCGCUCCAGAGCCCCCCUACAGUGGAACCUGGUGGGGGCCCCGAUGGAGGUGGUCCCCGACCACACCCCCAGGACUUCUGCGGACUGUUGAAGGCGGGCGUCCCAGCCAGGGAGGAAGGCUACGCCGCAACGGGGCCGCCUCUGGCAGGGGCCAAGGCGGCCCCCUGAACACUCGGGGUGGGUGUUGGGGUCGUCGCGACGUCUGACCCCUAAGGUGGGGGCUUUGUGAAAACCGUGGGCAUGGUU